AUGAACAAGAUGUUUAGAGGCCUCGACUGUCUUGAAGUUUACAUUGACGACGUCGUGAUCAAAUCAAAUACCAGUGAAAUCCAUUUGGUCGACCUUCGGAAAGGUUUUGAACGAAUCCGAUGUAAUGGGUUGAAGAUGAACCCUCUGAAAUGCGCGUUCGGUGUUUCGGCUGGAAACUUCUUGGCGAACACAGCAGGCCGACUUCGCAGCUGGAGUGUUUUGCUACGAGGAAAAGAGACCGAUGAGUGGAUAUGGACGGCCGAGCAACAGAGGGUGUUUGAUAAUCUAAAGGGUUACUUGGCGAGACCUCCGGUUAUGACCCCCCCAAAGCCGAACAAACCAUUAUUGUUGUAUCUAUCGGCUGCACACGAAUCCCUAGGUUGUAUGCUCGCCCAAGAGGACGAUGGGGUCGAAAGGGCAGUCUACUAUUUAAGCCGAGGACUGACGGACACAGAAAUUCGCUAUACCGACAUAGAAAAAAUGUGUCUAUGCCUAUACUUCACGUGCUACAAGCUGCGAUACUACAUGUUGCCAGUCGUAGUGUACGUGUUAUCCCAGACCGACAUCAUUAAGUAUAUUUUAUCAAAACCAUACUUAAGGAAUCGGAUUGGAAAAUGGGCGGUUGCGAUGUCCGAAUUCACAUUAGUGUACGUUCCCCAAAGAGCAGUGAAAGGACAAGUGUUGGCAGAUUUCUUGGCCGACCACCCUGGAGUUACCCUCAGGGAAGAAACGGUCACGUUUUGCGACAUCGCCAUAUGGGAGAUGUGGUUCGACGGGUCCAGGACAAGCCAGGGGGCAGGCGCCGGAGUUCACAUCAUCACACCCUUGGGGGCAUCCUACCGGUUGUCAUUCAGACUCCGGUUCGAAUGCACUAACAAUCAAGCAGAAUAUGAGGCCCUGAUAUUCGGUUUCGAGAUUUUAGCCGAGCUGGGAGCAAAGGCGAUCAGCGUCAAAGGGGAUUCUUUACUAGUCAUCAAGCAAGUGACAGGAGAAUUCAAAUACGAGUCCGAGCUAUUGGUGAGAUAUUGCAACAAGGCGAAACACUUGAUCGAAGGCUUUCAGGAUACGAGGAUAGAAUACACAGAGAGGGCUGAUAACAGCGUUGCAAACGACCUAGCUCAGCACGGUAGUGGUUACAAGGUAAACCACCGGUUCGACACUAUAGAGAGGGAAACGCCGAAUCUCCAUACCGGGGGCAUCACGAUCGAUGAAAGACAAUUCUCGGUUUACCAGCUGGACGUCACCCAAGAUUGGAGGGUCGAGCUCCUGAAAUGGUUUGAAAAGCCAGAUCUCGCGGAUAGGAGGUUGAGAACGUUGGCCCUGAAUUACGUUGUGUUAGCCGGCGAACUAUAUAAGAAGGGCUUUGAAGGGCUACUCUUCAGGUGCAUCGGUCCAAAAGAAGCUAUGCUUGCAAUGGCCGAGGUACACGAAGGAAUAGCAGGCGCUCACCAGGCGGGUCCCAGAAUGAGGUGGUUGAUCCACAAAUACGGUUUUUACUGGCCGAAAAUGGAACAGGACUGCAUAAGAUAUGCCAAAGGUUGUGAAGCCUGUCAAAAAUUCGGCCCGAUACAACACGUCCCGGCCGAAGACCUGCAUUCCAUUAUAAAGCCGUGGCCAUUCAGAGGAUGGGCAGUCGACCUAAUAGGGAAAAUAUACCCUGGCUCGUCAGACGGUCAUGCUUUUGUGAUUAUCGCCACUUGCUAUUUUACCAAAUGGGUCGAAGCUAAACCUUUGAAGUCGCCGACACAGGAAGCGGUGAUCAAGUUCUUCAAAGAAUACAUCGUCCACCGACACGGGUUGCCCGAGUCUAUAACCACAGAUCAAGGGACGAUGUUCACAGGAGGCGACAUAAGUUGGUGGGCCUCCCAAAUGAAGAUAAAAAUGUUACAUUCAACACCGUACUACGCCCAAGCCAACGGACAAGCCGAAGCCACAAACAAAGCUAUCAAGCUCAUAGUCCAAAAAAUGAUUGAAGAAAACCCAAGACAAUGGCAUAUGUUUCUAUCAGAAGCCGUUUGGGCGAAUAGAACCAGUCAGAAGUCGGCUACUGGGACUUCACCUUUCAGACUGGUAUAUGGCUAUGAUGCGAUGUUGCCAAUGGAGCUGACUGUCACGUCUACUCGUCGUAGAUACCAGAGUGAAUUGUCCAAAGACGAUUACUUUGACAAGAUGGUGAUAGAUUCUCUCAACCUUGACGAAGAACGUUUGACGGCGUUAGAUCACCUAGAAGCCCAGAAAAGAAGGGUCGAGAGAGCUUACAACAAACGGGUAAAACGAAAAAUAUUUACGGUGGGCGACAUAGUAUGGAAAGUAGUCUUGCCUAUCGGCCAUAAAGAUACUCGGCUUGGCAAAUGGAGCCCGAACUGGGAAGGCCUCUUUAUUGUGGUCAACAAGUUAACAGGUGGUGCUUACUUGUUGGCGAACAUUGAUGGGGAAGAACACGACAGGGCAAUCAACGGUCAGUUCCUAAAAAAAUACGUCCCUAGUUGUUGGGAAGGCGUAGACCGUCGGUUAUUUGGAGCCAACGAGGAAUAG